UGAACUUCAAGAUGUCCCUUGGGAGAGAUAUGGAGCUGGAGCACUUUGAUGAGCGUGAUAAAGCGCAGCGAUAUGGUAGAGGGUCCCGGGUGAAUGGUUUACCCAGCCCUACCCACAGUGCCCACUGCAGCUUUUACCGAACCCGUACUCUACAGACCCUGAGUUCUGAGAAGAAAGCCAAGAAAGUUCGUUUCUAUCGUAAUGGAGACCGGUAUUUCAAAGGGAUUGUAUAUGCCAUCUCCCCUGACCGCUUUAGAUCCUUUGAAGCUCUCCUGGCUGACCUGACCCGAACUCUGUCCGACAAUGUGAACCUGCCCCAGGGAGUGAGAACAAUCUAUACAAUUGAUGGCUCCAAGAAGAUUUCCUCCUUGGACCAGCUAGUAGAAGGGGAAAGUUAUGUAUGUGGUUCCAUAGAACCCUUCAAGAAACUGGAGUACACAAAGAAUGUAAACCCAAACUGGUCAGUGAAUGUUAAGACAACUUCUACUUCUCGUUCGGUGCCAUCUCUUGCCACUGCUAAAGGAGGUACUCCCGAUACAAAAGAGAAUAAGGAUUUCAUUCGGCCUAAACUGGUCACUAUCAUCAGGAGCGGAGUGAAGCCACGGAAAGCAGUCCGGAUUCUGCUCAACAAGAAGACAGCGCAUUCGUUUGAACAGGUUCUUACUGAUAUAACCGAUGCCAUCAAGCUGGAUUCAGGGGUGGUGAAACGCUUGUACACACUAGAUGGAAAACAGGUGAUGUGCCUUCAGGAUUUUUUUGGCGAUGAUGACAUUUUUAUUGCAUGUGGACCAGAAAAGUUCCGUUACCAGGAUGAUUUCUUGCUGGAUGAAAGCGAAUGUCGGGUGGUGAAAUCUACUUCCUAUACCAAAAUAGCUUCGAGUUCACGUAGGAGCACCACCAAGAGCCCUGGCCCAUCCCGACGCAGCAAGUCUCCUGCUUCUACUAGCUCAGUGAAUGGAACCCCUGGUAGCCAACUUUCCACUCCCCGCUCUGGGAAGUCUCCAAGCCCAUCUCCCACCAGCCCAGGAAGCCUACGGAAACAGAGGGACCUGUAUCGCCCACUCUCUUCGGAUGAUAUGGAUUCAGUAGGAGACUCAGUGUAAAAGAGAAAAUGGAACAAUGUUUAUGGUUUGUGAUUUGAUGAAGGUUUAACAUUUUUAAAGAAAAUAGCUGCUAAUUUACAGUACUAGUGAAUCGCACAAAAGAGUUUUGCAUAUUUAAUAUUAACAACAUGGGGCCAAAUUAAUUCUAGUGUGUGGGGGUAUUUUUUGGCUUUAUCACUGCAUUCUAAUGCAAGAAUUUGUAAUGAAUGAGCCAUUGAAUAUGUCCAUCAAAUCCAGAACAGCAUUGUGCAUACUUAAAGGCACAAAGAUUGGAUAAGGUGAAUAUAACGCACAAAUCCAUAGUGGGCACAUUUAUGAAUAGCGCUAUUUUUAUCAUCUAAGGUACUGAUUAUAUGUUCUGUUUUUACCAUAUGUAUCUUUAUUCAUUUUGAUAUGAACAGUUAAUGAGUACUUUGCUUUUACCAACGAAUAGGUAAAAUGCAGAGAAGAAAAAUCCUGCCAUAUUAAAAUAUGCUUGCACCAUGCUGUCUGAUCCCAACACGCACAUUUGGAACGCUCUUAAGUUUAGUCGUUUUAUCCAAAUGAAAAGAAAGUGAAGAAAUCCUGUGUGAUCACAGGACAAAGGUAAUUCUUUCAAAGCAGUGGUCAAAUUCUCUUCACUGCGCUGCCAUCUGAGGACUGUAAACAGAAGGGUGUUCCACAGGCAUUAUGAAUGUUUUACCUGGCAAGAGCUGUUAAUGCUGCUCAUCCAUGUGUUGCAAGUAAAUAGGGACAGAUUUCUGACCGAGGAAAUACGAGGGCCUGCUAGCUAGCAGCGUCAUCUGACAUACAUAUGAUGACAUCUUUUGGAAAAAUAUAUUUUGCCUGAGAAAGUAGUUAAUUAUUUUCACUUAUGUUAAGAACGGGAAAAUAAUUUUUUUAUUCCCUGUAAGAAGACAUUUUGUGCAUUUUAAAAAGAAAGCCUAUGGAAAUGGUGAUACUGUAAAUCAUCCUCCUAUUGACCUAAUUUUUCUGGUUUUGCAGUAUCUAGAGGUGCUCUUUUUUGUGCAGCAUGAAUAUGCAAAACUCCUUUAGUGUUAAAGUAGGUCGUGCAUUAUAACCAGUUGCUUAACAAAUAUCUACUAAUUUUCAUUUGUUUUCUGCUGCUUUGUUGUGAGAAUCUUAGUCUACUUGAUUUACAUAAUAGCAAUAUUUCCCAUUGUAUGUUGUAUUUAAAUCCAUAGUGUAGUGAUCACACACUUUUGCAGUCUUAUACCUUUUCUUUCAUUUUCUCAAAUACUAAUAAUUUAAGAAUUAGAAAUCAGCGUGUUUCUGAUUCUCAGCAAAAAUCUAUAGAGGUUAUAUUUUUGAGCUAUUUAGUGAUGAUUUAAUAUAUUUUGAAAUCAGGAAAAUUUACUUAAUUGAAGAAAAGUAACUUCUAAAUGCCAACUUCUAAAUGUAGUGAAAUAAUUCCUUUAGACUGAUUUGUCCGUAAUUUAAAACUCAGCAGAUGGAAAAUGUUGGCAUGUGAUCUUAUGGCUUUACUGUAUCAACAUGAUUUUCUUUACAGAGGAUAUUUGCAAAAAAAGAAAUAAAAGGGCAGCAGAAUACAAAACUUAACUUCUCUGUUUCCAAUACCUGGUUCCAGUAUCACCUGGAGAGAAAGUCACUGAACUGGCAGGUUUGCUGAAGCAGUCAGGUCUUUCACUUUUGAAAUGCGUGUUUUGCCGUUCCUGCUUCAGAUUUCAAUCUAAAACUGUUCCCCACCAUAAGAAGAGUCCAUCCCUCACCCCAUACCACAAUGCAUAGGCUGCCCUGUUCUGCUGAAAAAGUUCACAGCUGUGAAGUUACUUGCAUUUUCGGCUGUUAUGAGGGAAUGUCUUUGCAAAAUGUAUUACUUGAUCCUGAGAAAUGCCUAUAAAGGUUCAUUGGGAUCAGUUUCCAAAAAUUCAGGCAACUCAACCAGAUUGAGUGAAAUACUUACUGACGUUUUCAAAAUUGUUUUUUCCUGUAAAGAAAAUAAAUUCCAGGAGUUUUAUUUUUCCUCCCUUCUCCCAUAUAGGCUACUGCUUCUUUAGGCAGUUAUUAAGAAUGUUCUGCACAGGGAGCACAGAUUGCCAGCAAACCUGAAUCCCACAGCUUUGCUUAGCUGUGGAAAAGAAAAAUGGACCUUAUAUCAGUAAAUGUUAUCAUAGUGAGUUCUCCAUCAAGACGGUUUAAAAAAGGAAUAUGCUAGUCCAUAACAUUUAAUCAUUUCAACACAUGACUUGUAUUAAGGGGCUAUUCAGGGGCAAGACGUAUCAUUAAUAUUUCAUUUUAGGAAUGAAAGUCCCUUAGAGAUUGAAAAGGUACACUGUUUAUAGACUUUGAGAUCCUUUUUUGUGUGGAAUGUAAUUCCCAUUAUACAUGAGCAGAAAUGAAAUGUUUCUUUUCAGCAAGACCAGAAGGUUUCAGUUUAUGGGUGAAACUGAAAUUGUGUUCCUUGAUGCUGUAGUUCUGCUUGGAACAGCACAGGUUUUAGUUCGUUCCUAGAUUUCAUCAACUGCGUUAAAUAAUAGAAUAGCUUAAGCAACUUUAUAGUGUUUGAACCUCUGAUAGUUCUCUGUAUGCUGCAUUAUUUGUGCCUACUCCAAGGUGAUUAUGAUGUAGCUAAAGAGUCUUGUAUAGAUUGUGAAAGCUUUGCUUCCCUUUGAGCUUUAUGAAUACUUGUGAUUAUUUCCCUAAUGCUUUCUGCAACUUUGUUUUGUUUUGAAUUUAGAUCUCUUUUCUUCGUUUGUGUAACAAGCUGUUCACAUGUGAAGCACAGAACGUGUAUGGUUAUAUUUACACGCACAUGCACACGUACAUAGAUUAAUGGCUUUGGAACCCAUGCGCUGUUACAUCACAUUUGUGACUUUAAACAAAUAAGUGGGGAAAAUAUUUUAACAGGAGGAUGCUCAUCUGGUGGGAUUCACUACAGCUCUGUUAAAGUCGGUAGAGCUGCACCAACCAUUACUUGCUCAGCAGCUACCCUAAGGAAUUCUGUACAAUUUUAAGAGAUCACAUCUACAAGCAAGGGCUAAGUUCAAACUGACCAGAAGUUAGUGGCAAACCCACCAUUGACUCCGAGGUGGGAAGGAUAGAACCUUACGCACAAAUACAUACACACAGAGAAAACAUUAAUCCUAAAUUGAAAUUUGAAUAUUUGGAAUGGUAUUCUUUUGACAUGUUCAGUCCUAUGCCUCCUCUUGAAAAUGGUACUGUUCUGCAGUACAUGAAAUCAUGCAGAAUUAGAAGUUCUUUUGCUGAAAUCAGUAAGAUCUUUUAACAUUCAUUAUGCAAUGUGAAAAUUGCUUUCCAGUUCGUAAAAUACUUCGGAGACAGCACAUUAUAUUUAGUUAUUUUUCUCUUCAAUUCAUUUGCAUAGGGCAUAUUUGGCUGAAAGAUGAAAAUUAUGAGGUAUUAAUAUCAUGGCUAUAAAUGUAUAUUACAGGAAAGGAUAUAUAAUGUUCAACACCCUAAAAAAACAACUGGAUUGAGAUUGUGUGGAGUAACAAUUGAGAUAAAUAAUAGUGUUUUCUUCUGAAGUUUCAUAAUUCACACAGCAGUGUGAACUUUAUAUAGUUCAUAUGUUACAAAAUCUGCACUCUGAAUGUAAAAUGAAUUAACGGUAAUAUAGAAAAGAAUGUCUGAUCAAGUUUACUGUUUCUGUCAAAAAUACAGAGAAAUGAACAGACAGAAAAUCUUUAUGGUGCUAAAUUACCUCGUCACUUGAUGAAUGCAUAGAUUAAUGUUGUCUGUGCUUUUUCUUGUAUCCAAUUAAUGGUGCGCAACCAAAUACAAGAUCAGUUUUUAUUUAAUCUUCACUUUCAGUUCCAUCUGCUAGUGACAAGAGCUUGUAACUGUGAGUGAUGAAAAGUAACUUUACAAAGCACAGACAGCAAUACGUAUAUGUGCAGAGCAAAACAAGCAAGUGGUUGUCACCCUCUUUGGAAAUGGGUGUGCUUCCCCCAGGAAACCCCUUCCGUCCAGAAACCAGGGUCUGCUGAGCAGAGCAGGGGCUACUCUGCGCUGUGCUUGCUGCCGUGGCAGUUUUGGCCAGCUCAGUUGGCCUCUCUCCAGCUGGCAGCUGUCCCCAGGCUGUCCUUGAUUCCCCAUGGCAGGCAGUGGGUCUGUAGGUGACACCUGUGUCGUGUCCACGCACGCCGGCGCGGGGCUGAGCGCGCACACGCGGUGCGCACACGCCUCCUGUGCGGUUUUGUGUCCGUGAUUGCGCAUGGUGAUUUUCCUCCAGUUGGCUUCAGUUAACCCUCAGCAGUGAAGUGUGAAGAAAGCUGUGCUAUAUUCAGCGUGUACUUGUUGUCUGAUGUUACAUGGGGUAAUUAGGUUGUGGUUUGCCCUGCAAUACAGUGUUUUGGAAUUUGGACUCUAGCGAAAGAGGAGCUAACAAUGUUUGUGCUAAGGCCUCUUCAUUUUCUUAGUUGCACUAUGAUAUUGUAAAUAUUGGCACAUUUACAACAUACGUUUAAGACUUUACAAAGUUAUGCAUACAAUUAUUUUUUUUAAUUAAAAGUGCUUGGAUAUUUGCUUUUAAAAGUAUACCAUUUUUGUAUUAAUGUGAUGCAGGAAACCAAAAAGAAAGCUGUUGAUUUAUCAACAAAACAUGUAAAACUUGCAAAAUAAACACCGAUGAAUGUUUUAUUUCUUAUAAUCAGCUGAAGAAAAUCACCUUCAUUUUUGUGCCAUUGUUUCAUCAUACUGUAUUGUACUUGUGUUUCAUAUUUGACCAUGUCAUCCUGGUUGCAAUAUGUUAUUUUGCUAGUUUUAACAUUAAUGUAGAUUAUUGUAAGUGAUGUAAUAAAUAUAUAUUAAAAAUACA